CGUGGGGGAAAAGGCGGGGGGGGAGGGGGGUGGUGUCCCCGGCUGGUUUGGGGGGUGCGUUGCCCGGAGACGGAAAGUUUGGGAGCCCGAGCAGGCUCGGCUGCGGCCCCAGCAAGGAGGUCCAGGGGGCGGCGGCCCUGGGGAUGGGGAAGGAGCAGGAGCUGCUGGAGGCGGCCCGCACCGGGCACCUCCCGGCCGUGGAGAAGCUGCUGUCCGGGAAGCGGCUCUCCUCAGGCUUCGGGGGCGGCGGCGGCGGGGGCGGCUCCGGGGGUGGCAGCGGCGGCGGCGGUGGCCUCGGCUCCUCGAGCCAUCCCCUCUCCAGUCUGCUCAGCAUCUGGAGAGGGCCAAAUGUGAACUGUGUUGACAGCACUGGGUAUACACCUCUGCACCAUGCUGCUUUGAAUGGCCAUAAGGAUGUGGUCGAGGUUCUUCUGAGGAACGAUGCACUGACCAACGUGGCUGAUUCUAAAGGCUGUUACCCUCUGCACUUGGCAGCCUGGAAAGGAGAUGCCCAGAUAGUGCGGUUGCUCAUCCAUCAAGGUCCCUCACACACCAGAGUCAAUGAACAGAACAACGACAAUGAGACGGCUCUGCAUUGCGCCGCACAGUACGGCCACACGGAGGUGGUGAAGGUCCUCUUAGAGGAGCUAACAGACCCCACCAUGCGCAACAACAAAUUUGAGACACCUCUGGACCUGGCUGCGCUGUACGGGAGACUGGAGGUGGUGAAGAUGCUCCUCAAUGCACACCCCAACCUCUUGAGCUGCAACACUAAGAAGCACACCCCUCUGCACUUGGCAGCAAGGAACGGCCACAAAGCCGUGGUCCAGGUCCUCCUGGAUGCUGGCAUGGAUAGCAACUACCAGACGGAGAAGGGCAGUGCUUUGCAUGAGGCUGCUUUGUUUGGCAAGACCGAUGUGGUGCAAAUCCUGCUGGCUGCAGGAAUUGAUGUCAACAUAAAAGAUAACCGUGGACUGACUGCCCUAGACACUGUCCGGGAACUGCCUUCUCAAAAGAGCCAGCAGAUAGCAGCACUUAUUGAAGAUCACAUGACUGGAAAAAGAAGUGCAAAAGAGGUAGAUAAAACCCCCACACCCCAGCCACCUCUGAUCUCCAACAUGGACUCCAUAUCACAGAAGCCUCAGGGGGACGUGGAGAAAGCAGUGACUGAACUGAUCAUCGAUUUUGACACAAACGCUGAAGAGGAGGGUCCCUACGAGGCGCUGUACAAUGCUGUCUCCUGCCAUUCACUGGACAGCAUGGCCAGUGGGCGAUCGUCUGACCGGGACUCGGUGAACAGGGAGGCCGAGGCCGCAGGAGUGAAAGCUGCUGGAGUGAGGCCGAGGGAACGUCCACCACCUCCAGCAAAGCCACCACCUGAUGAAGAGGAGGAAGACCGCGUAGAUAAGAAGUAUUUUCCCUUGACAGCUUCUGAGGUCUUGGCCAUGAGACCCUGGAUUCAGGGGAGUGCAGCCAGGGAAGAGGAUGAGCAUCCUUAUGAGCUAUUGUUAACAGCAGAAACAAAGAAGCUGGUGUCAGUGGACGGAAAAACAAAAGACCACAGGCGGAGCAGCAGCAGCCGGAGCCAGGACUCUGCGGAGGGGCAGGACGGGCAGGUCCCAGAGCAGUUCUCAGGUCUCCUCCACGGCUCCUCCCCGGUGUGUGAGGUGGGGCAGGACCCUUUUCAGCUACUCUCUGCCGCUGGCCAGAGCUGUCCAGAGGGGUCCCCUGCGCAGGGUGCCUGCCACGAGGCCAGCAUGCAGCUGGAGGAGACAAGUGUGCACGCUCCUGGAGCCUCCCCGCCCAGUGUCCUGGACCAGAGUAAAAGAGUGGGCUAUGCAGCAGGCCUGCCCACCACCAACAGCCAAUCGCACCCUGAAACUUUGACUCACACAGCAUCUUCACACCCUGGUGGUGCCGAGGAAGAAGGAGGCCGGAGUGGGGCCAGGAGCCGAGCCCCUCCCACCAGCAAACCAAAAGCUGAACUCAAACUCAGUCGCAGCUUGUCCAAGUCUGACUCUGAUCUCCUGACCUGCUCACCCACGGAGGACGCUACAAUGGGGAGCCGGAGCGAGUCCUUGUCCAACUGCAGCAUCGGGAAGAAGAGGCUAGAAAAGUCACCCUCUUUCACCUCGGAGUGGGAUGAGAUUGAGAAAAUCAUGAGCUCUAUUGGAGAAGGGAUUGACUUUUCUCAGGAACAGCAGAAGAUCUCAGGUUCGCGGUCGCUGGAGCAGAGCGUCGGGGAGUGGCUGGAGGCGGUUGGGCUGCAGCAGUAUGAGAGCAAGUUGCUUCUGAAUGGCUUUGACGAUGUCCGCUUCCUGGGGCCUAACGUGAUGGAAGAGCAAGACCUGCGGGAGAUCGGCAUCAGUGACCCGCAGCACCGGCGGAAGCUGCUGCAGGCCGCGCGGUCCCUGCCCAAGGUGAAGGCUCUGGGCUAUGAUGGGAACAGCCCCCCAUCGGUGCCCUCCUGGCUGGACUCCCUGGGGCUGCAGGACUAUGUCCAUUCCUUCCUGUCGAGUGGCUACAGCUCCAUUGACACUGUGAAGAACCUCUGGGAACUGGAGCUUGUCAACGUCCUAAAGGUUCACCUGCUUGGCCAUCGAAAGCGCAUCAUCGCCUCCCUCGCAGACAGGCCUUACGAGGAGCCGCCCCAGAAGCCCCCGAGGUUUUCCCAGCUGAGAUGCCAAGACUUGCUCUCACAGACAUCGUCCCCCCUGAGCCAGAAUGACUCCUGCACCGGCCGGUCCGCUGACCUGCUGCUGCCUCCUGGGGACGCGGGCAGGAGGCGGCAUGACAGUCUCCAUGACCCCGUGGCACCCUCCCGAGCAGAGCGCUUCAGAAUCCAGGAAGAGCACCGCGAGGCCAAGCUGACCCUUCGGCCCCCUAGCCUGGCUGCCCCCUAUGCCCCUGUGCAGAGUUGGCAACACCAGCCGGAGAAACUCAUCUUCGAGUCCUGCGGUUAUGAAGCCAAUUAUCUGGGCUCCAUGUUGAUCAAAGAUCUGCGAGGGACAGAAUCCACGCAAGACGCCUGUGCCAAGAUGCGGAAAUCCACUGAGCACAUGAAGAAGAUCCCCACCAUCAUCCUGUCUAUCACGUACAAAGGUGUCAAGUUCAUCGAUGCCUCCAACAAGAACAUCAUCGCGGAGCAUGAGAUCCGGAACAUUUCCUGUGCGGCCCAGGACCCAGAGGACCUCUGUACCUUUGCCUACAUCACCAAGGACCUGCAGACCAGCCACCACUACUGCCAUGUCUUCAGCACAGUGGAUGUGAACCUGACCUACGAGAUCAUCCUGACGCUGGGGCAGGCAUUCGAGGUGGCCUAUCAGCUGGCCCUGCAGGCUCAGAAGUCCAGGCCCGUGGUGGCCUCUGCAGCUGAGAUGAUUGAAACAAAAUCUUCCAAACCGGUGCCUAAGCCUCGGGUCGGCAUGAGGAAGUCAGCACUGGAACCACCCGAUAUGGACCCAGAUGCCCAGUCCCAUGCCAGUGUUUCCUGGGUUGUGGACCCCAAACCAGACUCUAAGCGGAGCCUCAGCACCAACUGAGCCACUGAGGAACCAACUGUGCUGCGGAAAUACAGACAUGGGAGCACAGGCCCCCACCGCUGCCACCACCACCACUGUCUCACCUGCAGCUUUGAAGACCCAGGCCCAGCCUCUGCCCAUAGGACCUCCUCUCGGCUGCUUGGCCUGGACCUGCCACCACCAGGUCUUACAGAGCAAGCCUUGCCCUGGCUGCAGAGAAGCACUCCAGGCCUCUAGCAGAUGAGACUGGAACUCCAGAGGGUCAAGAAGUGACUUGUCCAGAACAUAUUUUUAAUAGAAAAAAAUUUUUUUUUAUAAAAUGAACUUUUAACACUCAGCUCAAACCUCUAGGUUAAACUGCCAAUCUUUAGACAAAUGGCCAUAGGGUCAGAGGACAGGGGACCUGAGAUGGGCUAAGAGGUCAGUCUAUCCAGCCCCUGUGUCCAUGGGAUGGGCUCUUGGCGUGGUCUGGUAGGUCUGAAGAGAAGGCAGUGGCCUGCGGUGAAUUAAAAGCAGCAGGUGCAAGGGGCAAAACUGAGUAGGUUUGUUAGAGCCUGCUUUUCAAACCCAUCCAAGUUAGUUGUUGUUCUUAUGAACAGCACAACUUCUUGUCCCUGUCUAGAGCUGACACAGCUUUACAGCAGUAAGAACACAGCCUUAGAGGCACCUGGCAAAAGCAAAGCCUUCCGGUCCAUUUCUGGGGUUCCAAAUGUGAAGGUCCAGGGGCCAAAUGGAGAUGAGCGACCAGCUCCUGGUGCCAUGAAGUCUGAGCCAGUGCCUGGAGCUCUGGGUUGCUCGCUGGGCUCUGGCCUGCCAGUGGUCAGAGCACUGCCCUGGGCGCUCUGGUGACCUCAGACUGCCUGAGUCGAGUCAGGAAGGAGGAAAAGCAGCUUUGUUUUGGGCAUUAAUGGGUAGGUUAGCUAAGAUUGCUGCCUGCCAAUCUGUGAUGUCUCUAAUCAGGUCUGUGUGUUCAGGACUCAUUUUGAUUCUCUGAAUUAUUGGUUUGACUGUUGUAUUUUCAGCUGCUGAGCUCAUCCCUGGCUCUAAGUCUAGAGAAGGCUAAAUAAGGUGACAGUCAAUUUGAUUCUCCCCUAGUGUGGCCUUCAGGGCAGGCUGGCGUCCUGGUGCACCACUGCCGCUUAAGCCCUCUUGCUGGCUUGCUUUGCUUUUUUAACUUAGGUUUCAAAGUUUUUUAACUUUGGUUCCUCCCCCUAGAGUAUAAUAGAAACAAAAGGACUAAUUCCUGUGAGGCUGAGCCAGGUCAGCUGCUUGUCCAGUACCUUCCAGAGUAGGGAGCAGAGAGGAGCGUUUCCUCCUGUGGGUCACUCAGCAGACCCAGGCCUUGCUGGCAUGUGCAGUCUGGUCCCAGGAUCAGUGUUCCAGGCUUUGACAGCACGUCUCUUUCCCAGCAAAGGUUGUGAAUUGAAAUUCUCUGCUGGUGUGUAUGUGCGGGGAGAGUGCUCUUGG